AUGGCCAAGAUCAACCGCAAGCAGUUCAAGAACACCUACAAGAUCCCUCGCAGCCUCAAAGAGUCCAUCAAGCAGAACCUGAACAAGAUUGUCAAGAGACGCGAACGCCAGAUUCGCGAUGAAGAGUGCAAGAAGAUAUCCAUUGACAUUGAGACCCGGCUGGCCGAGGCACACGGUCACUGCAACGCUUUAGACCAUCUGCUCCAAACCUACGAUAUGAGUCCCGAGCUGGCUCAUGCAAUUGAACGUCUCCUUUUCAGCCAUUGGUCAAACACGAACGAUGCCGUCGAGCGACAGAGAGCUGCAAUGGAGGGAAAGAAGACCUUUGCCAGACAGGUGCUGAGCAAAGGCUAUCUCACCCAUGAGACCAAGAAAGACAUGAUCUUGUGGAAGGGUGAAGAACAAGAUGAGGAUGUGGAGGCUGAUGGUGGAGACAAACAUGAAGAGCGUGGUUCAGGAACCCACGAUGAGGACGACUGGUCUUCUACAUCUACUCUGGCUUGA